GAAGUCAUAACCUGAGCAGACACCUGCUGUCUCCGUUACACUCCAAACGGUUAACGUGCGUCUGUCAGUGUGUGUGAUCAGUGCUAUUUAUAACCGUGUGCUAUUGAAAGCGGACAGACGAGCAGCCGGUCCUCCCUCUGACACCCUUCACCCCUGCGGUCCAGAGGGUCUCAGUCCCGUCCCACACAGGGAACAAGCACAUUCAGCCCUCAUCCAGACACAACUGACCCAGCACAGACAGCAUGUCUCAGCAUAGUCUGAUGUCAACACAGGAGAGGAAAAUGCAGGCAGCGGCUAUUUGUAGAGAGAUCCACGCCAACGAAGAAGCAGAGAUGGAUCUGGGUAAGAAAGUCAGCGCACCAAAGGAGAUCAUGUUGGAGGAGCUUUCCCUGGCCUCAAACAGGGGCUCACGUCUCUUCAAGAUGCGUCAGAAGCGCUCAGAGAAAUACACAUUUGAGAGUAUUCAGAAUGAAGUCAACGUACAGCACAGUACUGAUGCUGUUUUUCCUGGUCCAUGUGCUGAGAUGACAAACAUUUUAAGUGAUGAAAACUGUCUUGGAGUUGAUCAGGCACCAAAUCCACUUAAUCCUGACAACAUCGCUCCAGGUUAGUCCACAGCCAUCUCUUAA